GAAGCAUUUUUGCCACCCUACCCGGAAGGGAUGCUACUCAGCUGCGGGGGCGGCCAUUGAGUGAGUGGGCGGGGCGGCGGGAACUCUCGCCCUACCUCACGCGGGAGGCGGUCUUCGUCCAUGGAGCUGGCCGAGCGAGCGAGUACAGAAUCUGCCAAGGCCAUCAAAGCUAUUGAUGGGAAAUCAGUCCAUCAGAUUUGUUCUGGACAAGUGGUACUAAGUCUGAGCACUGCUGUGAAGGAGUUGGUAGAAAAUAGUGUGGAUGCUGGUGCCACUAAUAUUGAUCUAAGACUUAAAGACUAUGGGGUGGAUCUCAUUGAAGUUUCCGACAAUGGAUGUGGGGUAGAAGAAGAAAACUUUGAAGGCUUAGCAUUGAAACAUCACACUUCUAAGAUUCAAGAGUUUGCUGACCUCACUCAGGUUGAAACUUUUGGCUUUCGGGGGGAAGCUCUGAGCUCACUCUGUGCACUGAGCGAUGUAACUAUUUCUACGUGCCACACAUCUUCAAAGGUUGGAACUCGACUUGUGUUUGAUCACAAUGGAAAAAUUGUCCAGAAAACUCCCUGUCCACGACCCAAAGGGACAACAGUCAGUGUACAGCAGUUAUUUUAUACACUACCUGUGCGUCACAAGGAAUUUCAAAGGAAUAUUAAAAAGGAGUAUUCCAGAAUGGUGCAGGUCCUGCAUGCGUACUGCAUCAUCUCAGCAGGCGUCCGUGUGAGUUGUACCAAUCAGCUCGGACAAGGCAAGCGGCAGCCUGUUGUGUGCACAAGUGGCAGCACCAGCCUGAAGGAGAACAUUGGCUCUGUGUUUGGGCAGAAGCAGUUGCACAGCCUGAUUCCUUUCGUUCAGCUGCCCCCUAGUGACUCUGUCUGUGAAGAGUUCGGCCUGAGCUGUUCCGAUGCACUGCAUAGUCUGUUUCAUAUCUCAGGCUUCAUCUCAGCCGGCAUGCAUGGCGUUGGGAGAAGCGCGACCGACAGACAGUUUUUCUUCAUCAAUCGGCGUCCUUGUGACCCAGCAAAGGUCUCCAGACUUGUGAAUGAGAUCUACCACAUGUAUAAUCGACAUCAGUAUCCUUUUGUUGUUCUUAACAUUUCUGUUGACUCAGGCAACUUAAUAAAGACACGGGCGGCAGAAAUGGAAAAGCAGGCCACUUCCUCUUCACCAAAGACUAAGGGGGAAGAAAAAAGGGUCGUGUCUGUUUCCAGGCUCCGAGAGGCCUUUUCCCUUCGUCACGACACAGAGAUCAAGUCUCAGGGCCUGGAGACUGCAGAUUUGAGGUGGCCCUCUCCGAGACAGAAGGGAGGCGCACCAUCUUUUGGCACUUCACAUCCCAUCUCUGGCAGGGGUUUGCAGGACCCUCAGGAAGCAGUGACAAGUCCCAAGAAGUGCCCUGGUGAUUCUGUGGACAGAGCAGAAACAGAGAAGGACUCAGGGCAUAGCAGCACCCCAGCUGACUCUGAGGAAGGGUUCAGCACCCCAGAAACUAGAAGUCACUGCAGCAGUGACCAGGCAGCGAGCUCCCCGGAAGAUGGAUUUCCACGGGACAGUGAGGACUCUUGUGAGCAACUACUCAAAACUGACCAGCCCCCUUCCAACACGAAAUGUCAUUUAGACCAAGAAGAUGUUGGAUAUAAAUGUAGAGCUUUGCCUGUGCAGAUUGAUUGCUCAUCCUCAAACGUCAAGCGUUUUAGAAAGGAAGAAAUUUCUUCAACUGCUGACAUUCCUCAAAAGUUAGUUGAUACUCAGAACAUGUCAGUGACUCAGGUUGAUGUAGCUGUUAAAAUUAGUAAAAAAAUAGUGCCCCUUACCUUUUCUAUGAGAAUUUUAGCUAAACGAGUAAAUGAGUUACAUCACCAAAAACACCAGAAUGAAGGUGAACAGAAUUACAGGAAAUUUAGGGCAAAGAUUUGCCCUGGAGAAAACCAAGCAGCAGAAGAUGAACUAAGGAAGGAGAUCAGUAAAACGAUGUUUGCAGAAAUGGAGAUCCUUGGCCAGUUUAAUUUGGGGUUCAUAGUAACCAAGCUGAAAGAGGACAUCUUCCUGGUAGACCAGCAUGCCGCAGACGAGAAGUACAACUUCGAGAUGCUGCAGCAACACACUGUGCUCCAGGCGCAGAGGCUCAUCUCACCUCAGACUCUCAAUUUAACUGCUGUCAAUGAAGCUGUUCUGAUAGAAAAUUUGGAAAUAUUCAGAAAGAAUGGCUUUGAUUUUAUCAUUGAUGAAAGUGCUCCAGUCACCCAAAGGGCUAAGCUGAUUUCCUUGCCAACUAGUAAAAACUGGACUUUUGGACCCCAAGAUAUAGAUGAACUGAUCUUCAUGCUAACUGACAGCCCUGGGGUCAUGUGCCGGCCCUCCCGAGUCAGGCAGAUGUUUGCCUCCAGAGCCUGCCGGAAGUCUGUGAUGAUUGGAACUGCUCUGAACACAAGCGAGAUGAAGAAGCUUAUUGUCCACAUGGGCGAGAUGGACCACCCCUGGAACUGUCCCCACGGAAGGCCAACCAUGAGACACAUUGCCAAUCUGGAAGUCAUUUCUCAGAAUUGACACUUCUCACUUCCCAGAAGUAGAAAUUUUAUUGCAGACUUUUCUGUUUUGAAAGGCAGGAUCUGAAGUAACCUUUUCUUUUUGUUUCAAAAUUAACCUGCUACUUAAAAAAAAAUACCAGAUCAAUUUUAAAAUGAUAUUAAACUGGAUGCAGUGGUUUGUGCCAGUUGGGAGGCUGCAUCGGGAGGAACACUGUAGCCCAAGAGAUCCCAACCAUUGAGGGCAGCAUAGCGAGAGUCCGCCUUAGAUAAGGUCUUGAACAUUUUUUUCAAACCAUGUGAAGCAUUGCUUAAAACAGUUCUUAUUCCCUGCGGGUGUGUGUGCGUGUGUGUGUAUGCACGCGCAUGCGCACAUGUACAGGCAACAACAUGUUUUAAAAAUAAAAGAGCACUUUGGAAGUUACCCAGGCCUCUCCUCUGGCUGGAAGUAUUUUAUUCUGCAACUUCUAAUUUUCAAUGAUAAAUUCAUAUUGGUUUAAUUUCAUAAAUUUAAAGAUAUCCUUUUGGGUUAGUGCUUGUCAACCCUGAUGAAUAUUAAAUUUCAGAAAAGAAUAAUUUUUUAAAAUCUAAAGGGUUUCUUGGCUCAGUUGGAAGAAGGUGACUGGAUGAGCCUGCAGUCCUAGCACAGCAGGGUAGAAAGAGCUUUUCUAAUCAGGAAAGAAGAUACUGGCUUCUCUGUAACUUCAUGCUACAAUGUGGUUUCCUUGGGGUGUGAUCUGUAGGAAUCUUGUCUAAUUUGAGCUGUGGCAAGAAUGAGAAUAAAAACCGCCCUUAGUAGAGUCCAGAUGUUGGUUGGGUACAUGGAUGCCAAGUGCAGGCCACCCCAUCCCCUCUUGGAGGAGCAAGGGCUUCCUGAGGGUAGAAUUCCCCAGCUGUCAGGAGAGAGUAGAGUGACAGCUGUUGUCAUUCAUGAUGUCAAGCUCUACUGGAGUAUGAUCUGCAGGACCUCAUUUAACAUUCACAAGUACUCUACAGACUGGAAAAUGGGGCAUGGUAAUGGCUCUCCAAAACUGGCUGUGUCCUAACCCCCAGUACCAGUGAAUAUGUCACUAUUUGGCAAAAGAUGUGAUUAAGUUAUGGGCCUUAGGUGGGGAGAUUGUCCUCUACUGUCUGAUGGGCCCACUCUUGUCACAUAAGUUCAUCAAAGUGGAGGGCUGGCCCCAGCUGGCCCGAGAGAUGCACCACUGCUGAUUUAGAAGACUUGAGAAAGGCACUGCCAGCUGUGGGAUGCUGGCAGCCUCUAAAGAAGGAAGUAGAAGCCCAGUCUCUCCCUGGCAUCCCUAGAGGGAACCAGCCCUGUCAGCCUCACAGCACUGUAAA